AGAGAGAGAGAGAGAGAGAGAGUGGUUUGGGCGGUCUCUCAGCGAGCUGCCAAGCGCAGCGGGGUCGGAAAAUUCUGGCGGCAGAGGGCCGAGGGGGGAAGAGAAGCGAGGGAAUCGGUAGCAGCGGUGGCCGGGUAUGUACCGUCAUGUAAUCCGCUUUCAUUCCUAAAUACCGCGACGCACGGUAGCGCGGCGGCCUUUGUGGUAUUAAUUGUCGCGAGUAGCGGGGGCCGCGCAAGCAUUGAAACGGACGGAGUAGCUCUCGGUAGGCUCUCUCCGUGCUUUUUCAACGGGCCAGGAGAAGCGGAAGGAGUGACCUGGUUUCCCUCCCUCUGCGAGAGAGUCUGUCUCUGCGUCUCCCGUCUGCAGAAACGACAACGACGCGUUGCGCUCUGAAUCGCGCGAAGCGCGAUCUGAAAGCUCGGGCAUGCAUCGCCGGUGUUCGCCCGAGGAACGAAAGAUCCGUCGCUUCCUCCCGGCUGUCAGGCUGUCCGGAGCCGUUUCGACGCGUCGCCGCCGCCGCAUUUGUCGGCAUUGUCAUCUCGCCCCUUCGAUCGAGGCCGUUCUCAAUUAUCACGCAUCGAGCUGCCGCGCCGUUGUGCUUCAUUGCCGCAACCGCGACUUUGGUACUUCGCAUCUGCUGCUGAAACAGCAGCUCGACGUCGUUUACGCCGCGAGCCACUCCUUAGUUUGGGCUUUACACACACACACACACACACACACAAGGUGCUCAAGUCGCUCGACACUGGCGUUGGCAAUACGGUCGGAAUGACACGCAAAGGCGACAGGGGUGAUAAUCUCGCCGGCCGCUUCGCUGCGCUUCUCUGAGGAGGUGGCUCAAAAAGCACUUCGAACUCAGGGGAUCGCUGAAACGCUUCGAGCUAAAGUAAUUAGCCGAAUUUGCACGGCGGAUUUUGUACUUUCGCUGAAUAGACGCGCUGUAGAAACAAGCGGGGAGUAUAUUUCCGCCGCCGCGUAACGCAUUAUCUCUCUUCCUCUUUCAGAAACCUGUCAUCCGAUCGCUCGAGCGCUCCGAGGUAAAAACGGAGCGCUCGUUAAUCGCCGGUGGUGCGGUUCCAGCGGGAAGUAACUCUUGUCGCGACGCUAAUGCGUCACAACGGCUCCCAUUAUAACAGUUCCCCCAAGCUUGCGCUUGCAAGCUGCGCUGUGAAACUCGCGCGAGACCCGCCGUGUAUCUUCGCCCGUGCAUAUUCGCCUACUUUCACAGCCACGGAGAGCCGUCAUUCGGCUGUCACGGGCGGCAACGUAAAUUCCGACUGGCGCGGCUGGCGCGGAAUAAAUCACAGCGGAAACAAUUGGAGGAACGUAAGGGAGAUCUCCGUCAUGUGAGUGCGAUCUUGCCGGCGAUCUCUUCGUCGGAGAAAUCGACGCCGGUCCGAGCGCGGAGGGACAGGUCCGACGACGGCUCGUCGUCAUGUCGAGGCCGACGAUGGAGGAGGCGCCGGUUAUCUUCAGGGAGGCCGUCCUUUAUCGCGAAUGGGGCCAUCGACUGGCCAGCCUGGGCAGGAACACUUCGGCGAUUGAUUACUUCGAGAAGGCGAGCAGACUGGCGGCCGGCGAGGAAUUGAGAACGUUAAUUGGCCUUUGCCGGGUGCUGAUCAGGGACGCCAAGUACCCCGCAGCGGCGAAACUGUCGGAGAGAUGCAUGGAGAUAGAUCCCGCUCAUUACCAAGCGAGGCAGAUGCGGAUGCAAGCGCUUUUCCAGGCCGGUGAGUUCAGUCACAGCCUGGUACACGCUCACGAGGGUAUGCGGCGGCGACACAGCAUGACCUUUGAACACGGCAUCUAUCAGGCCAGAGAGACCAUCGAAGAUUGCGUCGGUCGGAACACGUCGCCUAUAGCGCUGCUGCUGCUCUAUCCGUGGAUACGGAAGCUGCACGACUAUCGGGACCACCUGAUCGGCCAGAAGGAGGACCAGUUCCAGGGUAUCGCCGCGGACGAGGACGAGACGAGAUUCAAGGUGAACGAUCCGGAGGUGCAACAACAAGUUCGGCAGAGGCGACUGCAGCGCGUCAUAGCGAAGAUGUAUAUGGGUUACUUGACGAUCGAUAAGGAUUUCCUCGAGGAGAUUGCCGGCCAGCCGGAUCUCGCGACUCCCGAAGUGGCCGCGCUCGCGAACCUGUGCCGGCGGAACAUCGGCUACCUGCAGGACCUCCUGCGAAUGCGACGGCCGCUUUACGUGACGCUGUUCGAGCGCCGGGCGAUGACGCGAAGGCGCAGGAGGGCGAUCGAGCGGGAGCGGAAAUUACGCGCGAAUAUUGUCGUCAUCACGGCGGAUUUCCUAUUGCGUCGCCUGCACAUCGCGAGAGUCAACAAGGACUACAUCUCCUUCUUCGGGUGCCUGACCGAUUCCCCCCCCCCCCCCCUCCAUUUGAUCAGAUUCGUCGAUCAUAUCAAGGACAAGUUUGACUCGUACUCGAGUAAAAUGUUUCCGCUGAAGGAGAAGUUUCUCAACGCAUUGUACGAGAUGGUGGCGUGGGUUUACAUCGACACGCGCGACUUGAUGCGUCUGGCCGACGAGGAGAUAAAGGCGACGUACUUGAAGCAUCACUUAGGGAUACGAGUCGCGACGAUUCCGCGCGACAGCGACCUCGCGUGGAUGCCGAGCACGAAUCCGAAGGAGAGGCUGAAGCUAUUUCGCAGGAGAUUAGGCAUGGCGUGCGCGCCGCUCGAGCUCGCCUGGCUGCACCACGACCUGUGCAAGCUGCUCGUCGAUAUCUGUCGCUUCGACCUGGCCAGAUUCUACGGCAAGAAGGCGCACGACAUGGCGCAGGAGGCCAAGUGCGAGCAAUGGGUGUUGAACAGCAAUCACCUGAUCCUGCGGAUCGAGAUACAUCAGAAUAAUAGGAGCGAAGCGAGGGACGCCGCGAUGUCGGCGCUCGCGAGCGCCAAGAGGCUCGGUAUCGAUCAUCUGUGCUGCCCGCAGAUUGAUUUCUACGAGAGGGCCAUCAGACUGGUGGACGAGCUGGACGUGGAGCGGAUCGGCGACUUUGACGGCGCCGCCUCCAGGCAGCAGCUGAUCCUCGAGCUGAUGCCGCGAGAGAUGAAGGGGGAGGUGGAUUUUCUGUGGCGGCGCAUGGACGUCGUGCCGGCGAAGAGACGGCUCUCCGUCAUGCCGGGCUGCAAGCCGAUCGAUCGGAAGCACAAAAUGACGUCCAAGCGAAGGACCAUAUUACCCGGGCCGCCCAAGGACCCGGAGAGAGAAGCCAGGCUCGCCAUGUUGAGGCAGCACGCUCCGCGCGUCAAGCGGCCGGGCUUCGUGGAUUUCGAAGAGUUCGAAUGAUGGACGGCGAUCUCCCCCCGGCGACCGGACGGUCACACCCCGAUCGCGCAUUGUCCGCCGGCUCACUGUCAGGCAAAUUAUCGCCGGGCGAUCGAGAGCGCGAACGGGACGCGAAAUGAAAAUCACUCAGCCGUUACGAUCCAUUCACGCGCGCGCGUCUCUCAGCUUUUCGUGCCCAUUCGAGCUCGCCGCGGCUCAUUUCGCGGAUAUUGAAUUUCGUUGUACCGCGGGUUCAUUCGUUGUAAUUAAUGAUUAUAAUAAUUGCAUGAAAAUUCCAAAUGUACACCGCAUCUCCCGCUGCGCGCUCCAUCAACGUUACUCGUUCACUUAUUGUUCUCUCUCUUUCUCUCUCUCUCUCUCUCUCUCUCUCUUUCUUUCUCUUUAACCCAUCCAUGCAUCAUUUUGUAUCUCAUACGUUUUAUUUGCUCUCCGCCUCUCCUCUUCUUCUCCUUUUUCCAUUAAAUUCAUCUCGCCAUCUCUCUUCCAUUGUACAUUGUUGUUUCGGAAAGACGCAAGAACAGCUUCCUAUCUCGUCCUGAUUGUCUCCGGAGAGUGUCGGACGGCGAUUUAUUCCUGCUCCUUGCGAGAACACUUCCGGUCGCACGUGCGAGGACAAUUUUACGGCGAUCAUCCUUCGGCCCCGUCGCGACGCUGCAAGGGAACGUGAAACGUCGAGAGUUUGCAUGCGGCCGCGAGCGGAUGGAUGGAAUUUUGCCCGACGACCUCGCGUCACUGUCGCGCGGUAUCGGACAUGUAUUUGAGCGAAUUUCCGACUCGCCAUUUCACGCAACCGCGGCGAUCUCGGCCUUUUACUCGCCGUGCGCAUCAUCUCGUGAUAGAUGCGCGUCUCGUUCCGGCCGGUUUCGGCGCGGCUGAUCGGCACGGUCGUUUUCCAAUAACGACGUCGUGCCAGAGCCAAGGGACGGCCGGCAACAUUCUGGCCGGCUGUCGUUACCGGAAUCACCCUAGCGGAAAUCUCUUUACCGCGCCGGCACUCCGACUCUCUUUCUCUCUCCCUGUAUUUUUUCUCGCUGUCAUUCUUCCUUCCUCUCCGCUUUCUUCUUGUUUUUCCUCCGAGCACCGUCUGAAAUUCUAGUCUCACUGCCUCUCUCCCUCGAGUGCCCGCCCCCUUCCUCUCUUUCUCGCUCAGCUCUCCGGCAACAUUUUACCGCCAGCGCGGCGCGCCGACUGUUAAUUGGCAAGAAUAAUUAAUUAGCCGCCGCAUGGGGACAGUACGGUAAUUUAUCGAGUAGAUGAAUGCGAGGAAGAGAAGAGAGAUGAGGAGUGACGGGGCGGCGAGGGUGGCGGGAGAGCAGAAUGGGAAGAUCGGAAAUUGAGUGCGAUCAGCGAGGCGUGUGUCCGCGGUCGGCUGGUCGGACUAUUCGAUAAAAAUCGUCUCCCGGCGUCCUGGAUGCCGAGAUGCAUCCACACCGGCCGCGUAUACGGCGAACAAUGUCGCGCCUUGCGCCUCGUUCCUCCCCUGGGAAGUCGCACGACCAGGAGCGGGCAGGCUCUCAAGACGGAUAGCUCAGGAUCUCGUCGAAGAAGGCGAGAGCGCUGCACGACGUGUUGUUGCCAGGUAUACGCGUGGAACUUACGAAGAUAGAUCGCCUCCUUCGUGCGCGGCGCGAGAGCUCUCGUAGUUAUAAUAGCCUUCGGUGUCUUUCGCACUUCCCCCUCGAAAUUCGCCGCCAUUCAUCUUCACCGCGAUAACUAAAUUCCCCCCCCCCCUCCUCGCGAGAGGUGCUCUCCGUAAUAUCCGACUUGACGGAAAAGGAGGGCAAGAAUGAAAAGAGGAUAGCAGCCCGUCACACGACGGCAGAUCCGGCUCGGCGCCGGAGAAGUCAUUUAAAGCGAAGCCGCAGUUGACUCGCUUCUCUCUGUCUCCCUCCCUCUCUCAGCCGAUUAUUAAUUCGUCGCGCGUUACAUCGAUCGGAAAAAGAGAAGAAUCGAGAAUCGAGACGGGCGAAACUGGCUGCAAGCCGGCCGUCGUCUGUCGGGAGAUCAGUCAGAGGCGGAUUCUCAAACGCGCGCCGCGUUGGUCUCGCCACGUUCGCCGCAGGGCCUCGCGAUGGCCACAUCCGCCGUGUGGGAGCUCCUCGACGACGACGGCGACGACGACGUGACGAGACGGGCCGUGGAGCGCGCGGAGGACCGCGCGCGUCUUCAGGCGAAGGUGAGGCCGGCGUCGCGCGGAAACGUCCGACAAUAUGCGCAAGCCUUGCACCGUCAGGCGGACGAGCUGUGCCAAUGGUAACGUGAUCGAUAUCCGCUUAACGAUAUUAAUCCCGCGCCCUACUUCAUAUUUUACGACUCUUGAUUAGCUCGGCGAAAGCGCAACGCGUGGUCCCUCCUGGCGAGCGACGUGGACGGGCUCGGUCGCCGUGGGCUCUCUCAGGACGACCGAUCUCUGGAGGGUUAAAAAGCGCGUUAGCUCUUAAUUGCUUUUCUCCUCUUCGCAGUGAUGCAUUUCCAAGCUGCCCUCUCUCUCUCUCUCUCUCUCUCUCUUUCUCUUUUAUAGCCGUAGCUUCAAUAGCGCGUUAUCGCAUUGUCUCGCCUCGUCUUGUCUCGUCUCGUCUCGUCUCGUCCGGCUCGUCUCUAGUCUCAAGAAGGACCGACGCGCUUGCAUCGAACGCUGAAUGCCGUGUAACAAUAACAGGCAGGAAGAGCCAUUGUGCGCCUUUCACGUCCUGUAAUUUUCAUCUGCCAGUCGGAUCAUAAUGAUCACAAUAUAUUUCUAUUAGCUUAGUUACGUCAAAAGUGUCGAUAUUUUAUGCGGAUACGGGCUGACUGACGCAACGACGAGCGGUAAAAAAUUUACGCUGGAAAAGGGGGGCCCUGAAAA